AUGGAUGAUAUAGACCAAUCAGAAAUAUAUGAUCUUUCGAUAAAUUUAUUCAGUCAAGUUGGUUCUGUUAUUGAUCAUCCUUUAUUCUUGCAAAGUGAGAUACAAGGUUGCCUUGAUGUUGGUAAUCCUAACUAUGAAUGUUCAAUCUGUGGCGCGUGUUUUUGUAUGUUUGCCUUCACGUCUCUUGGUGGUAAGGUAUUGGAUUCAGUGAAUGAUGGGAGGGGUCCACCGCAGUUUAUAAUAACUGGUCAAAAUUAUCAUCGGAUUGGAAGUUUGCUCCCAGAUGCUGGUCAGAAGCCUAAAUUUGCGCAGUUAUAUAUAUACGACACUCAGCAUGAGAUAAUGCAUAGUGUUAUUUCUAUUGGAAAACAGGUUUAUAGCUGUGAUUUCAUAGUUAUAUUGUGUUUUUCUUCCCGUUAUAAUGUGUUAUUAAUCAUUUUUUGGCAAACAUCUGAGAUAGAUAAAAAAUUGAUAACUGAGUUGAUGCAAAUGAUCGAUACUCAUAAUUUUAUAGCACAGUCAUUUCGAAGAGUCAAAGAAUUCUAUCAGUGUCAUCCAUCUGAGAUCUUCUGUUUGAAGUUGUAUUCGCAAAGGAAGGUUGAUCGAAGAAUUUACAGUGCUCCCUCUUGCGAUGAAGUUGCUGCUUUGAUUGUUGGAGAUUUUGAUUCGUCGGAUCAUAGUCGUGACAUUAUUGUUCGAUUUACUGUUCCUUUGUUGUUUCCAUAUGGCGAGGAUCGUUACCAGCUGAACAUUGCUUAUCGAGGUGAACAGCCUGAAUAUGUUCCUGGAAGGAGAACAAGGGUUUCCCUCAGGGAAUUCAUAUGUUUUCGUCUCCAGAUUAGGGAGCACGAAGAUGGAAUUAUUCACAAGUGUAGGCGAUUAUUUCAACAAUUUGUUGUUGAUUGUUUCACCAUGAUUGAGUCCCAAAUGUUGUAUGAGAUUAGAAUGAAGCAAAAGCGAGAGCGAAUUCCCAUUGCUGAUCGUCCUAAAAUCUCUUGUCGUGUCUUUCAUGCCAAGUUGAAGUGCCUCCUUAGCAAUCUCAAGGAAGGUAUGUAUACUAUUGAGUUCCAAAAAAGAGGUCUACCGCAUGGACACAUGUUACUUUGGUUUAACGGGGAAAGCAACUUACAAAGUGUUGAAAUUGUUGAUGAAUUCAUCUAUGCCGAGCUACCCAAUCCCCAGAAAUUUCCAUCUCUUUAUAAUGUCGUCACCAAGUACAUGAUCCAUGGUUCCUGCAGUCGACUUAGACCGAGUUCUCCUUGCAUGAAAGAUGGUAAGUGCUCAAAAUUUUAUCCGAAAAGAUUCGUUGACCAAACGAGCUUUGAUGAAGAUGGGUAUCCAAUAUAUAGACGUCGUAAUAUGGCUGUGACAGUGAAGAUCAAUGAUGUUGAUAUUGACAAUAGAUUUGUUGUGCCCUAUAAUCCACUACUGUUAAUAAAAUAUCAAGCUCACAUAAAUCUUGAGUUCUGUAACAAGUCAAACGUCAUUAAGUAUCUUUUUAAGUAUGUCAAUAAGGGUCCGGAUCGGGUGACUGCAACUAUUGGAGAAACAUAUGAUGUUGGUGAAUCUUCUCAAGUGGUUGAUGAGAUCAAACAGUAUUACGAUUGUCGUUAUUUAUUACCGUCUGAAUCGAUGUGGAGAAUUUUUGCUUAUGAUAUUCAUCAUAGAUGGCCAUCGGUACAGAGGUUGACUUUUCACUUGCCGAACCAGCAACAUGUUGUAUUCGAUGAUGCUGAUAUCACUACUCAUGUUUAUUUGCGCAACAAAGAUUUGAUGACGAUGUUACGGAGAGGUUGUACCAGUUUUCGAAGUAUAAGAACCGUGAAUGGUGUUACUUAUGAUACAGUUCAAGAGGCAUGUUUCGCCAUGGGAUUCUUGAUAGAUGAUAAGGAGUAUGUUUCUGCUAUUAAAGAAGUCGCCGAGUUAGCGUCAGCUGCACAGCUAAGGAGGAUUUUUGUGAUGUUAUUGCUAUCUGGUUCCAUGGGAAGACCUCUAGCAGUUUGGGAACAAACUUGUGCUUAUUUGUCUGCUGAUAUUCUUUAUCGCAGAAGACAUGAGCUGCAAUAUCCCGAUCUAACGAUGAGUCAGGACGAGUUGCAAACAUUUUGUUUGUUGGAGAUUGAAAAACUAUUGCAGAGUAACGAAAAAUCAUUGAGAAAUUAUGCUAGCAUGCCGGUUCCUAAUAACUAUUUAGUCUCUCUAUUUAGCAAUUUGAUGUUGUUGCGUGAGUUGCAGUAUGAUACUGUUUCGAAUAUCUUAAAGUUAAAUAAAGAACAGAGGGUGGUCUACGAUAAAAUUAUUGAUUGUGUUUCGAAUAAGGGGCAUGAAUUCUUUUUUGUUGGUAUUGCUUCUCUGUUGUUACCUAGUGGUAAUACGGCGCAUUCUAUGUUCAAUAUUCCUGUUGAGCUGACUGAAGACACUGUUUAUCGGAUUAAGAAAGAUAGUCCAAAAGCUGAGGUAGUCUGA